GAUCCGACUCGACCCGUCUCUCCGCUCGCUCAUUGCACGCGCAACUGUUUCGGCACGUUCGAAAAUAUUUUUCAAUUUCAAUCAAGUUUCGGGGAAAACUUUGGGCUCUCGGCAUUGUCCGCCUCUGACAACGCCUCGUUGUGCGCUAUUUUCGUUACGUUUUGUUGCCUCCGAGCACAAUUUUCGAAAUUAUUUUUCCCGUUUUCCGCCGAGUUUUACUACGGCUGCAGGCGCAACAUGAAGUCUGUGUGUUUACCUCGCUAAACUUCUUUGCGGGCUAAUAAUAAACCAUGUUGUCCGGCCGGCAGAGGCCAGAAGCCAGCAGACAGCAGCAUCAGCAGCCAGGAACCGGCAUACACCCUCAUUCCAUUCCAACUGCAACACAGCAUUGGUCCAUUAGCCCCAAUUUGCUGGGAAUGUGGGAGCUAAUGGGAGUGGCGGUGGCCGUACGUGAGGAGAGGCAGGCAGGCGAGCAAAGAGCUCGGGGUUAUUGCCACAGGUUGUUGCUGGCCAGAGGGAGAGCACAAUUAUAAUUUUUUAAUCUAAACCCGAUGACAUGAUCGAAAAACUACUCUUUUUACGGCAAUUAAAAUUGUAAUCUAAAUAUGAUGAUAAAUAAUGAUACAAAAAAUGACUAGAGCAUUGUAAAUGUUCAUUAGUGCGUUUUAUAUAUCCAAACUAAUACUUAAGUCCCAAGAGUAUUUGUUUUUCAAAAAUAUCUGCCUGACCCUGCUCUUCUCUUUAGCUACAGGGAAUAAAUAAUGCGCAACAAUUUGGUUCGGAGCACUGUAUCCGGGUUUGUUUUCUAAAUCAAAUGUCGGGUUGUAAGUACAGUCACACCAUUACUCCGAUACCAUCAAUUUUAAUCUAGAAUCUAUUAGAUGUGAUACACAAAAACCAUGUUAAUGAGCGCAGAACAUGCUACCUUAGUUCCCAGUGGAGAUUUGUAUAAAAAGAGACACCGAAAGAAGUAUUGAAAGUUGUAGAUCAUUAUUUUCAAACCUAUCAAAAGAUGUUCUCGUUCUGGCUACAGGCUCUUGUGCUCUUGCCCACAUUGUACUUUAAAGCACAAAGCCCCUACAAAGGGAAGUUCGAGUCGAUGGAGACCGUUCAUGGAGACGAAGAAACAUUAUUUGAAUAUAACCUAAAGCUGGUGGGACGCCAGCGGUUGGUAAAUGGAACGAUAAUCCACCAUGUUGAUCUCGACGAGGACUAUGAAAUAUGGAUAGAUAUCUGGAUAUUAAAGAACGGAAAUUGGACACCAAACAAUAUCAGUUUGCGCCACAAGCCCUGCCACUUUAUGAAGAACAUUUUUGCGUCGUAUUUCGAGCCAUCCCUGCUUGACUCGAACGUGCCCAAAGGCGACGACAAGUGUCCGUUCCGAAAGGGUGAAUACUACGUGAAGAAUGUUGAGCUCAACACUGAAAGCUGGUCAAUAUUUAUCAACCGAGGUUUGAACAAAUGGUGUGUUUCUAUUAAGAGAAAUGGCAAAGUAGUUGGUGGCCUUACAGUGGUGAUGGAUCUUGUAGAUCGAGGUACUUGAUCUUGUAACAACUGAUAAACCGCAUCGAUCCUUUAAUAAACAUAUGCAGACAUUGUCUAUAUGAUUCGAUUUCUCACUGGUAUUCCGCUUUCUCUUGUAGCCAUCGACCUUGCUCUGCACAUUCC